UACAAUAUAUAAUUUAAUUAAUUGUUUCGUCAUAUAUAUAUAUAUAUAAUUUGAUGUUUGAUUUACUUUUUUGAAAACAUAAAUAAUAAGUUAUUUUUAAAUUAAUAAAAAAAACUAAAAAAAAGUUAAUCUAAUAAAUAUUUGUAAAAUGAUUAAGCCCGCGUGUACGGGCAAAACACCUAGUUAUACCUUAAACCAUGAUCAGUAAAUCCUAAACUCAAAUAUAAUAUAUAUAUAUAUAUAUAUAUUGUAUCAUUUAUUAUUUACAGUUUUUAAAAUAUAAUUUUUUUAUUUUAAAAUUUAUGUAAUUAAUUAUAUAGUUAUUACUAUGACAUACUUAGAUUUCUUUAAUAUAUGUUAAUUUAUAAAAGAAUAAGUUAUGUAUAAUUCUAGAGCAAAAAUUGUUUUAUUUUCUGCUAUUUGAGAAUUCUUUUCAUUGAUUUUCAUUCGGUAGAGAUCUCUAUCUUUAUUAUUCUUCAAUUACCAAACAUAACUUUUGUUUUUUCUUUGACCAAUCUUCCACUGCAACUUUUAUUUUUCACCAUCUCAGUCGGUUCGAGUAUCUUCUCUCCGGUUUCUUAGCCAAAAAAAACUAUUGUACCAUUCCUUUUUUUUUUUUUUUUGCCAUGAUCCAUUCCCUUUUCAGCAUGUGCUUAAUGGCAAAAAAGCAUCAGAUUCUCACUCUGUCUUACAGACCUCCAGAAGCUCUACUGAAUAGAAGGAUUUCAUCAGCAGAGAUCCAAGCAUCGAUAUGAAUAGGUUCUUCUUUUGGAAAGAUUCUUCCAGUAAUAAAAAUUAAUCCAAACCGGGCAACUUUAUUCCAAACUAAGGAUUUAAGUAGGCCAGCAAGGAAAAACGAAGGAGAUGAAAUCCAGGGAAUUUCCUAAGAACAAUUCAACAGCUUGUUGCUAAAGCCUAUAAGCCAAAUCCGGUGACAGUGAUUUCGUUGGAGUUUCAAAGCCACUGUCACAGUAAGCCCUUAUAUAUUAGGCUUCAAGAUGGGCAUAUAAACCGAUAACACUCUGCCAAACACUACUGACUUUUGUAGUCUCUUUCUGAGUUCAUGUAGUGUUUGUCUUUUAUUGGCUUAAGCCAAAGUCAAAUCAAACCCAUUCCAUUAAACAAACGAUGGAUCAUAUUAUUAGGGAUAAAUCCUAUAUAUCUUAGGAUAAUGAUGUAACUAGUCCUACUCCUUAUCAUCUUAGGACAUUCUAUUUGAAUAAAUAGGGAGCUUAUGCUAUUCUAAUGAGACAACACAAAUUACUUCUUUAUACGAUUUCACAUAUUCAUAUUGUAUACUUGUUCAUACGAUAAAAAUCCAUAAAUUAUCAAAGUAAUCCACAUUUUUUCAUUUCUUCUUUCUUCUUCUUCUUGUUCUUGACACUUCUCCAAUGGAUCCAAGAUUGAUAGUAACUCAAAUCGAUGAAUUGUAUGAGGUUAUCCAUGAGAAUCCACACAUUCUUGAAAGCAUUGAUGCAGUACCGUUCAUCAACACUCCUCUUCAUGUAGCUUCUGCUUCUGGGAACCUUCCUUUAGCCAUGGAGAUUAUGAAUCUAAAGCCAUCAUUUGCUAGAAAACUUAACACAUAUGGUUUAAGUCCAUUGCAUCUUGCAAUAGAAGAAGGUCAAACACGGUUGGUUCUAAGUUUACUCAAGGUAGAUCCUAACCUUGUUCGCCUUCCAGGAAGAGAAGGCACGACGCCGUUUCAUCAAGUAGUGGGAAGAGGAGAGACUGAUCUCAUGACAGAGUUUCUCUUAGCUUGUCCUGGUUGCAUUAGAGAUGCUAACGUCAACGGUGAAACCGCUCUACACAUCGCGGUUUUAAACGACAGGUACGAAGAGCUUGAACUGCUCUUAGGAUGGGUUCAGAGUCUGCGUCAAGCAGACGCUGAAUCGCUAGAGAUGCAAUUUUUAAACAAACGUGACCAAGACGGUAACACAGCCUUGCACCUAGCAGCAUAUCACAACAGAUUCAAAGCAGUGAAGCUGUUGGUAAAAUGUCAUGCGGUUAACCUAAACAGUCAUAACCGGAUCGGUUUAACAGCUCCAGAUAUCUUACAGAACCAGGGGGAACAUCAAACGAACAGAAACAUCGAAAACAUUGUUAGAAAAUCAGGAGGUAAGACCGGAAACUCUCUGCCAAAACCCAAGAAAGUGUCGGAAGUCUUGAGAACUCCGAUUGGUUUCACAGAGCAUUGGUUCACACGGACAGCACGGUACAGGAACCAGACAUCAGAAGGAACACGAGCUGCGCUUCUAGUGAUAGCCGCACUAAUAAUCACAACUACUUAUCAAACAGCUUUGCAGCCACCAGGCAGUGUAUACCAAGAAAAUGCAGCUGAGGAAAGCAAGAAGAGUGUUGGUACUAUAAUGAUGAAUCAUAAAUAUUUCUAUGUUCUCCGGAAUGUGAAUAGUAUGGCUUUCGUUGGAGCAGAUUUCAUGGCGUUCUGUUUGUUACCAGCUGGUGAAGUCUAUGUGUGGUUCAUGUGGAUUGCAGUGCCCUUAUAUGUUUCUUACUUGGUUUCAAUGUCGGUUAUAUCUCCAGAUACAGUGUGGUCUUUCUCUACUAGUGCGGUCUCCGUAUUGAUCAUUAUUGCUGUGUACAUGGUUGUGUAUUUCGUGCGCUGGAGGCGGUCUAAGAAGAAGAUACCUGGAACCACAAGUGAUUUGAUUCUUGAAGGCUUGACAACAUUAGAUUUAGCUAAAGGAGUUGAAUGUAGAUGAAGUGAGAUCUGUAGCUUUUAUUUUAUGCAAUAUUGUUUCCAUUAUAAUGUUAUACUAGGUAAUAACCCGCGCGCCUUGCGCGGGAUGUGAUUAUUAGUUUCGUUAUUUUUAAUAAAAAAUAUUAAAUCUGUUUAAUCUGGAUACUGGUUCGGUUUUAAGUUUUUUUUUGGUUUUAAAUCUUCUAAAAUAUAAUUAUUAUUUUAAAUUAAUAUUCAUUUUAUUUUAUUCGAUUAACAUGU